AUGGGUGUAGCCCAGUCCAAUGAGCAUGGUGCAUUAUCCCCAGAGGAGUUGAGCUCCGUGCUCGCUGAGCGUUUUGCCACAAAAUGCUUUACGCCAUUAGAGCUCACGCAUUUCAAGGACAACUUCUUCUCUCGGGCUUUAGAGCAGGGAGGUCUGCGGUACUGGAAUGAGAAAGUCCUCUCAGACUUCUUGGGCAUCCCAGAUGGUAUCUAUACCUCUUCCCAGGAACAGCCACUAGAUGCAGGGCCGGUGAUCUUCCGCAUGGUCUCUUAUCUGGGAGCCUUUCCAUUCCAAAACACUCUUGCACCCAGUGUGUUGACCUUCGAGGCCAUGGUCAAGGUGGUUGUGCUCUUGACUGAGCGCUAUGGGAAAGCGCUGAAGCAGGGACAUAAGGAUCGAAUCAAGUUACUCUUUGGUAGUCUAGCUGACGUGGGGAGAAAGACUCCCGCCGAGUCUAGUGGAGAAUGUACAACCGAGGAUUCCGAAGCUUCGGCUGAGCAUUCCCAUGCCUUGGGAUUCUCUAUAGACGCACCAGCCAACGAUGAGUACGACGAAGAUGAGGAUGAUGAUCUUGCUCUUGCGGCACUGGAGUCUCUUGAUGCGAUUGAAGUGUUCAAACACGAUCACCGCGUUGACAAGACCGUUUACGAGACACGGAUCUCUAUCGAUACAUUCCGCCGGUUGCUUAUGCUAUUGCUUGUCAUUGCACCACUGAAGCCAUUGGAGUCUUUGAAAGUAUACACAUCCGGAUUGGAUGUUCAGCGUAUGAAAUCGCUCAAGAAAGAAGCAGACAGUAUCAUUGCUGCCUUUUCACCGGAAGAGAGCGACGGCGGGAUAUCUUACAAGGCUUUUGCCCGAACGAUAUCACUGUCUCUGCCAUAUCUAUUCGAUCCGCUCACUGCUCUUUUCGAGCACAUGCUUUUCAGCAAGAAUUUGAAUCUCUCUCAACGCCGCCACAAGGGUCAAACUGCACUUACACUUCCGGGAAGCUUUGAGUCGGCCAUAUUAAACCCAACACUUACCUCGCAUCUUUCAUUCUUCCUCCCAUCCACAUCGCCCGAUAUCAAUAUCCUCCGAAGCAGCGUCAAACUACAUCCCGUCUUCUCCACAAGCGCCCACGGGUCUUCCUUAACAUCCUUCUCCCACCACGUUCUUACCUGGCAAACUGCCACCCUGCUCCUCCUGCAAGGAUCUCCAACAGACUCAACCAGCGAAGAAUUGAUAACACUCGGCGCCUACAUUCCCCAAACGUGGAAAAAUUCCAUAUCGACCUCGAGCUCAUCUUCAAAAACAUCCGACCUCCUCCCCUGCCUCUUCCAACUAUCCCCAAAGCAUAUCCUUCUCCCAGGCAACCCCUCCCCAUCCGCAAAGAAGCCCAACACCCCAACCGCCUAUUUUUCACCCAACACCGGCAUCGCAAUCGGCUGUCGAAUCCCCGUCCCGUCCCGCACACAGCAAAACUACCCGACUCCCCAUGGAGCAGGCAGUCUCAUCAUCGAUGCCAACAUAGAAACAGCCGAGUUCCACGCCGAACCCGUCGGACACGACGGCGUCUUCCUACCCGCUGCCAACACAUCCCCCGAAGACCCGCCCACAAAGAUCAAGCUUGAUCUGUACACCCUGGAGAUUUGGGGUAUCAUCCCAGAUCCGGAGGAGUCGUCGUUUUCCGCGGACCCAAGCUUAAGUCCGGUGGAGAUCCAGCGUGCAAAGUGGGAAUUCGAGGCACGGGAGGCCGAGCGCCGUCGUAAUAUCAAUAUCAAAGCUGGGGCUGGGGAUUCGGCGAAAGAGAGUGCUAGGUGGCUUUUGGAGACGGCUGGUAUUAUUGGGGAUGAGGCGAGAUAUGCUGGUGGGAGGGGUUAA